UCGCGUGGCCGAGCUGUUCGGAUGCGCCCGAGUCCAGCCGAGCUGUGACGUCACGGCGCUUCCGCUGUCACUCGCCUGGCGUUCUCCGGCAAACAGGGAAUCAGUGCCGAGUUUACAUGGAGUAGCGCCUCCGACGCCACCACUCUUGUGGAUACAAAGUUUUCUGGCUGAAAAAACGAAGGAAUAGACUAAGGACCGUCCCGAGAAUUGCGAGCAGCGGCUAAGGAAAUAAAGGGGAAACAACGAAAGAAAAGCGCAAAAAGAAUGGAGCCGGAAUGAAGGAGAAAUCUCCACGAGAACUUGCAAUGGAGACUUUACUCGCCGGGCUGUUACUUUACAGCCAUCUCCUUCUAAUUGGCGCAUCACCUCUCUUGCUCUUUGCAAACAGGCGAGAUGUCAGGCUGGUAGAUGUUGGAGAAGCAAAGCCGGAAUCAACUGUGGUGGUCAGUGGCUUGGAGGAUGCUGCAGCAGUUGACUUUCUACACUCUGAAGGUUUAAUUUAUUGGACUGAUGUAAGCGAAGAGGCCAUCAAGCAAACAUUUUUCAACCAGUCUGGGAAUGUUCAAAAGGUGGUUGUUUCUGGCUUACAUUCUCCUGAUGGCUUGGCUUGUGACUGGCUGGGAAAAAAGUUGUACUGGACAGAUUCUGAAACCAACAGAAUAGAGGUUGCUAAUCUCAAUGGAACAAUACGAAGAGUGCUGUUUUGGCAAGAUCUGGACCAACCAAGAGCAAUCGCCUUAGACCCGGCUCAUGGGUACAUGUACUGGACUGACUGGGGAGAAGAACCACGGAUUGAACGGGCAGGCAUGGAUGGCAGUACACGUGAAAUUAUUGUGGAUUCAGACAUCUUCUGGCCUAAUGGUCUCACUAUAGAUCUUAAUGAGCAAAAACUGUACUGGGCAGAUGCCAAACUGAGUUUUAUUCACCGAGCCAACUUGGAUGGUUCUUUGAGGCAAACUGUGGUUAAAGGUACAUUGACGCAUCCAUUUGCAUUAACUUUAUUCGGCGAUACUUUAUAUUGGACUGACUGGCAAACCCGUUCGAUUCAUGCCUGUGACAAGAAGACAGGGGAGAAGAGAAAGGAAAUACUCAACGGCAUCUAUUCGCCCAUGGAUAUCCAAGUUCUGAGUUCAGAAAGGCAGCCAUACAUUCGAACACCCUGUGAAGAGAGCAAUGGCGGAUGCACUCAUUUAUGUUUGUUGUCCCCACAAGAGCCUUUCUACAGCUGUGCAUGUCCGACUGGUGUCAAACUACAGGAGGAUGGGAAGACUUGCAAGUCAGGUGCUGAAGAAGUACUGCUGUUGGCUCGAAGAACAGAUUUGCGCCGAAUUUCUCUUGAUUUGCCCGACUUCACAGACAUUGUUUUGAAAAUUGAUGAUAUUCGACAUGCUAUAGCAUUGGACUAUGACCCUGUAGAAGGCUACGUGUACUGGACCGAUGAUGAAAUUAAAGCUAUCAGGAGGGCCUUUAUUGACGGUAGCGGCGCUCAAACUCUGGUAACAAAUGAAGUGAACCAUCCUGAUGGGAUAGCAGUCGACUGGGUAGCGCGCAACCUUUAUUGGACUGACACUGGAACGGAUCGCAUUGAGGUGACUCGGCUUAAUGGAACAUCCAGAAGAAUUUUGAUAUCUGAGAAUUUAGAUGAACCAAGAGCAAUAGUGCUUGAUCCAAUCAGAGGGUACAUGUAUUGGACAGACUGGGGAGAAAAGCCAAAGAUUGAACGUGCCAAUUUGGAUGGAAGUGACCGCAUUGUGCUUUUGAAUAGCUCUUUGGGAUGGCCCAAUGGUUUAGCUAUUGACCAUUCAGCAGGCAAGCUUUACUGGGGAGAUGCCAAAACGGACAAAAUUGAGGUUAUUAAUAUAGAUGGCACAGAAAGAAGGACAAUAUUAGAAGACAAGUUGCCUCAUAUUUUUGGGUUUACAUUACUUGGGGAUUAUAUCUACUGGACAGACUGGCAGAGGAGGAGUAUUGAAAGAGUUCAUACCAGCAAGGCUAUCAGAGAAAUUAUCAUAGAUCAACUUCCUGAUCUAAUGGGUCUGAAAGCAACAAGAGUCACGGCAGUUUUUGGGACUAAUCCAUGUGCUGACAACAAUGGAGGUUGUAGCCACCUGUGUUUCCACAGGCCACAGGGCCCGAAGUGUGCUUGCCCAAUGGGUCUUGAACUGCUGAAUGACAUGAAAUCCUGCGUUGUACCUGAAGCCUUUCUUCUCUUCAGCAGCAGAGCAGAUAUUAGAAGGAUUUCUCUGGGCACAAAUCAUAAUGAUGUGGCUAUUCCCCUCACAGGAGUAAAAGAAGCGUCGGCACUUGAUUUUGAUGUUUCUGAUAACAGAAUAUAUUGGACGGAUGUUAGCUUAAAGACCAUAAGCAGAGCAUUCAUGAAUGGUAGCUCAGUGGAGCAUGUGAUAGAGUUCGGACUCGAUUACCCUGAAGGGAUGGCUGUUGACUGGAUGGGCAAGAAUCUUUACUGGGCAGACACGGGAACAAAUCGAAUUGAAGUAGCACGUCUGGAUGGUCAGUAUCGACAAGUGUUAGUAUGGAAAGACUUGGAUAAUCCUCGAUCACUGGCACUUGAUCCAGCUAAUGGUUACAUGUACUGGACCGAAUGGGGAGGAAAACCAAAGAUAGUAAGAGCGCAUAUGGACGGUGCCAAUAGCACAACAUUGGUAGAUAAGGUGGGGAGAGCAAAUGGCCUCACUAUUGACUACACUGAUCAAAGAAUCUACUGGACAGAUCUGGAUACGUGCAUGAUUGAGUCCUCUGACAUGCUUGGUCAGCAAAGGGAGGUUAUAGCCGAUGAUCUCCCCCAUCCAUUUGGUCUCACCCAGUAUCGAGAUUAUAUUUAUUGGACAGACUGGAAUCUUCGUAGUAUCGAGAGAGCCGACAAGACAAAUGGGCAAAACCGCACAGUAAUUCAAGGACAUCUGGACUAUGUUAUGGAUAUUUUGGUUUUCCACUCUUCACGCCAAGAUGGCUUAAAUGAAUGUGCACAGAACAACGGGCAGUGUGCCCAUCUGUGUUUGGCUGUACCUCAGGGAUAUAAGUGUGGAUGUGCAUCACAUUACAUUUUGGAUUCCGAUUUAAAGAAUUGUAGCUCUCCUUCUAGCUUCCUUCUCUUCAGCCAAAAAACUGCUAUUAGCCGCAUGGUACUGGAUGAACAGAGCCCGGAUAUUAUUCUUCCAAUUCAAGGACUGCGAAAUGUUAAAGCUAUAAGUUAUGAUCCUCUGGAUAAACUUAUUUACUGGGUGGAUGGUCGUCAAAACAACAUUAAGAGAGCCAGGGAUGAUGGCCAGCAGCUAUCUUCUGUAGUCUCUGCAUCAAACCAGGUUCAGAAUACUGAAAAGCAGCCUCAUGACCUGAGCAUCGAUAUUUUCAGUCGCACUGUGUACUGGACAUGUGAGGCCACGAACACAAUUAAUGUUCAUAGACUGGAUGGGAAUGUCAUUGGUGUAGUGCUUCGUAGAGAACAUGACCGUCCACGAGCAAUUGUGUUGAAUGCUGAAAGAGGGUACAUGUACUUCACUAACAUGCAAGAAAGAUCUCCUAAAAUUGAACGAGCUUCAAUGGAUGGGACAGAAAGGGAGGUUCUCUUUACCACUGGAUUGAUCAGACCUGUUGCUCUUGCAAUUGACAACAAGAUUGGAAAACUGUUUUGGGUUGAUGCAGAUCUUAAACGCAUUGAAAGCAGCGACUUGUCUGGUGCUAACAGAAUUACACUUCAGGAUUCUAACAUUCUCCAACCGAUGGGGUUAACAGUCCUUGGCGAGUAUCUUUACUGGAUUGACAGGCAGCAGCAGAUGAUUGAAUGUGUUAAUAAAGCAAAUGGUGAUAAAAGGACAAGAAUACAAGCAAGAAUCGUUCAUUUGACUGGUAUUCAUGCUGUGGAGGAAAUUGAUACCGUUGAAUUUUUAUCACACCCAUGUUCCCAUGAUAAUGGAGGCUGCUCUCACAUCUGCAUUGCAAAAGGAGAUGGAACCCCUCAUUGCUCCUGUCCUGAUCAUCUGGUAUUGUUACAGAAUCUCCUAACCUGUGGAGAACCACCAACUUGUUCACCCGAGCAUUUUACUUGUGCCACUGGUGAAAUUGACUGUAUUCCAAUGGCCUGGCGCUGUGACGGAACAGCAGAAUGUGAAGAUAACAGCGAUGAGGCCAACUGUCCGGUGUGCUCAGCCACGCAAUUCCAGUGUGCGAAAGGCCAGUGUAUUGAGUUAAGUUUGAGGUGUAAUGGUGAAAUUGACUGCCAGGAUAAGUCUGACGAGCAGGACUGCAUUGGGGUAGAAUGUCAUCCAAACCAGUUCCGUUGUGGCACAACACAGUGCAUCUUGUCGAAACAGCAGUGUGAUUCCUUCCCAGACUGUAGUGAUGGCUCUGAUGAGUUUUUCUGUGACUACCUUGUGCCUUCUCCAGAUGGACCACAGACUCACAGCAGUGCUAUUGGACCAGUUAUUGGCAUCAUUCUGUCGCUGUUUGUCAUGGGUGGAAUGUAUUUUGUCUGCCAGAGAGUGGUGUGUCGUCGAUACAAGGGGCCCAAUGGACCUUUUCCUCAUGAAUAUAUUAGUGGCACUCCUCAUGUGCCUCUUAAUUUUAUAGCCUCUGGCAGCUCUCAGCAUGGUACAUUCACUGGCAUCUCCUGUGGAAAAUCAAUGAUGAGUUCCAUGAGUUUGAUGGGUGGUAGUGGCAGUGGAGCCCCAUUGUAUGACAGAAAUCAUGUGACAGGAGCGUCCUCUAGUAGCUCCUCUUGUACGAAGGGGACGUUCUAUCCACAGAUUUUGAACCCACCUCCUUCACCAGCAACAGACCGCUCUCUUUACAAUACGGAAAUGUUUUACUCUUCAAAUAGUCCCUCAACCACCAGAUCAUACAGACCCUACCUGAUGCGAGGCAUUGCACCACCAACAACUCCAUGCAGUACUGACGUUUGUGACAGUGAUUAUACGACAAGUCGAUGGAAGACAAACAAGUAUUACAUUGAUUUGAACUCUGACUCGGACCCUUAUCCGCCGCCACCUACUCCCAGGAGUCAGUACAUGUCUGCGGAGGAGAGCUGUCCUCCCUCUCCAUCUACAGAACGCAGCUAUUUUCAUUUGUGCCCUCCACCUCCAUCUCCCUGUACAGACUCCUCAUGACCCUACACAGAAGGACUUUUUCAUUGGCAUUUGUAAAUAUUUUUUAAAUAUGAUCAAAUAAGAUAACUAUAUUUUAUAAAAUAUGGGCUGUAGCCAUUUUGUGGGUUGGGGUGGGUUGGUUGGGAGCAGAACACAAAGAAUCAGGAUGUGUGAAAUUUUGUACAGCAGAAAAAUAUUUAUAAUUUUUAAAAAUUUACUUUUUAAUUCAUUGUCACCUGUAUGACAAAUAACUUGCAUCAUAAUUUUUAAUAAACACUAUAAAGGUUUUUUAAAAAAAUAAGAAAAAACCCUAAGCAGUCACUUUGAUUUAGAAAGUUUCUGAAAUUUAUCAAUACUUUUUUUUUGAGAGCCAACAGAUUUCCCAGUGUAAACUGUCAUUAAAAUAGACCUCAUGCAUUGAAGGAUUUUAUCAUAAAAUUUUUGUAAUAUGUUCUCAAUUAUCUGUGCCACUAUUAAUUUUCCUUUAGCUUGUCAAAAGAAGAUUCAUGAAGGUGUAGUUAAGAUUAGAAUGAAAGAGAAAUCGUACUCAUUUGUUUUAAUACAUUAGGAAAGAAGCAGGCAAGAGAGAAUGUCAGAGGCUGAUGCCAAGCAGUUAAGUAAAUUGAGGUUGUAGGAAAGGAGAAGACUGUUUUGAAUAUUUAUGACCACUAUAAAGGCCAUGUUUUCUAUGUACAUGUAUAUAUGUGCAUGUGUGUGUGUGUGUGUAUGCAUAUGUAUUCAGAUAUAUCUGUACAUCUUUUGUGUGUGCAUGCACACUGUUCUGGGUAACAAGUUCAAUGUGUGUCUGUCUUUGUGUUUUAUAGAGUUUCAUUUGGGAGCAUUUAAUAUUUAAAUUUUACUUUAUCACAGUUUGUCACAAUCAGUAUUCAGUAUCUAGUUACAGAUACGUGCUGUUUAACAGACCUUUAGUCCGUAAACACACAUAAUAUACUUAGAAAAUGCAAUUGCAUUAAUUACAUCUGGGUGUUCUGUUUGUUCAAUAGAAUUCAAAAACUUCUCUAUGGGUACAUUUUGCAACUUGCUAUGUGAAAAACACCAUGUUUACCUCUAGAUUAAGAUUUUUAUUUGAACCACAGAUUAUCCAGGUGCAUCGCAUAUUGAUAACAUUUUUUUUUUUUUUUUGGACAAUUAAUAUUAACAGAACUGUAAUGUUUAGUCCAAUUUUAUUUUUUUAGUCUGUUACCAGAGUUCUUUAAAGUUUUGCAUAAUUGAGAAUGUUUUUUCUCAAUUCUUAAACUGUAGCUAUAAUAGUGGGAAUUUCUGCAAUGUAGCUAUAAAAGUGGGAAUUUCUGCAACUUUGCACAUGAUUCCUUUCCAUUUUCACUAAAUUAUUACAUUUACAAGCCUUUAUUUUGCCAUCUUUGCAAAGUUCCUUUCACUGAACAUUUGCAAUGAUAAUAUUUAUUUGCUGGAGGAAUCUCAAAUGUUGGUGGAUAAAACACAAUUUACACGAAAUAUUGUUUACUUAAAAUAUUUAAAUUCUCGGAAAUAACAGCAGACUUUGUAUCAUUAUUUAAUAGACAUGUUUGGUAUUUUUCAAGUGAGUUAUUUCUUAACAAACAUGGUAUAUAUGCAUUUCCAUGCCCCAUAGUUUGCAAUGUAAAGUGCCAAAGUGAACAAGAUAUGUUAUCAAAUUUAUAGGAAACACUUAACUUUAGAGCACAAUUUUGCAGGGCAAAUGCAUAUGUACCAUGUUUGUGAAGAAAUAACUUUGAUUUGAAAAAUACCAAACUUGUCCUUUAAACGAGCCCGUCUCAUUUUACCUGCACUACGUGCUAACUAUUUUGUUCUUUUCUCCCACAGUAAAUAAGUAAGUUAAAUUUUUCAAACCUACAGUAUAUCACAAUCUUUAAAAAACACAUUUGGAAUAAGUAUGUAAAAUAGUUUAAAAAUGUGUUUAAUUUUAAAACAUGAAUUAAAAUGUACCCAGCAGUCCGUUUCUUACACUUUUUUUUUUUUUUAGUAAAAUGUGUAUUUCAUGCUAUGAAGCAUAAUCUUUGAUCAAGAAAUUCUAUUGCAAUAAAACAAACUCUUGAGAACAGUGCCCUCUUGGGAGCAUUGCAGGUAUAACAUUUGAUUCUAUACAUUUGUAUCACUUCUCUCUAGCAAUUCAAAACACUUUACAUCAUUUUUACUUACUAGUGAGUUGCAGUUAACUCUUUCAAAAACAUUCAUUGUCUGGUUGCCAAACUGUAUACCUUCUGUAUUGCUUUUUCAACAUAUGAAAUCACGUUGUGAAAGUCUGAAUACUUCUGUAGUCUCACAGCGAAUUCACUUAGCAUUUUCACGAUAGUUAUUUUAAUAGUAACUGGCAGAUAAGCAUCAACGAAUUACUGUAGGGAAAGCAUUAUUGCCACAAUAUGGGGUGCACACUGCACUCUUGUUUUAGGCUGCAUUGACAGUCAGUAAUGCCAAAUGAAUUCCUCUUCUUGAUUCUAGGUCUUUUGCCAGUAAAUGUAGUUACAAGCGUCUAUAAUUAUAGAAUGAGCAAAUUAUGCUCUUAUCUGUUCAGUGUAACUGUAUUUUAAUUUCACAAAUGUAUAUUUUAAACCUCUCUAAAUGACAGUUAUUGCAGAUUCAGAUCUUAAUUCAUUUUCUUUUUCACCCACACAAAGCAAACUAGAUCCCAUAAGUGUGUGCACACACAGACUAAUGAUUGCUCAGGCACUUCACCCCUUACUGAAAACUAGAAAAACAUAGAAGAUUCCAUUAAUGCUGGCCUGUUCUUUAAAUUAAUCUUAAACAGAAAUUGUGGGUUUGCAGUAAUUAAAUAUUUCUACAAGCUACAGUGGAUAUCUUUUAGCUGUGUGACACUGCUGUCACUGCAAGCCCAUCAGCACAUGCCUGUUAAAUGUAAUGGCUCUGUGUGAUGUGGCUUUGGUUAUGGAGCCAAGCCUUUAGUGGCUCACACUUGCUUAGAUGUUGUUCAGUCGGGUUGAAAAGGGAGGAGUGUGUAGGUCAGUGACAAAACAAAAAAUGUCUUUCUGAGGAGCAAAACUACAUCAUUUGUCCAGUUUUUGGGUAAAUCAGUAAGGAAGAUAACAGAAGCAGACACUCGCCAUGUACUGUUGUAAUGGAAGUUAUCAUCCGGUUCUUUCAAAAGAUGAUCCGUAGUGUUUCAGUUGUCAAGUUUAUGGUAAAGCUAGGUAAUUUGUUGAGACAUUUUUUAGUUUUGAAUGCACACUUUUCUUUGAACCUCACUGAACACAUUGUGAGAGACCAAACACUUAAACACUAGAGACCUGACCGAGCGUUACUCCAUCAUAUGUAGCCGGCUUAUAUGGAUGGCUCACAAUGAAAGCAGCGGCAGCACAUGGGAGCCAGAGUUUAAACUUAAUGAAUGUAACCAUGUGUGACUUCGGAAUAGUCAGUACUAGUUCUCUGAAGUUUUAAUUUUAUAAAACUGUUGAAUUCAUACAAGAAAAUGUGCACAGUUCAGGUACUUUAAACAAUGAUAGACUUGACCACAAAGAAAUCUUUAAUGUGACUUGCACAAUAAUUGAAAUUAAAUAAAACCAGGUACAUUUUACAAAACAUUUAAUACAGGACAUUUAAUUUUAUAACUGUUAACUUGAAAGAGGGGGGACCAUCACAAAUGUUGCUUUAAUAAAGCUCCUCUAUUAUGUACCAACAGCAGCUGGAAGGCAAAACAGACAUUUUGUCCUUCUGCUAUCAGAGGUCUCAUUUUCCUUUUCUAUACAUGUCAAGUGAUAUUGCCAGUCGGCCCUUAAGAAACACAAAUAGAUGCCAUUGUCAGGUUUGACUUUAAAAAGUUUAAAAAAAAAAAAGUGAUUAGAAUGAAAUUACUGUAGUUUUGUUUCUAUGAUAAUCAAUGCAACUUAUGGUGGACUAUCACCAUGUCUAAAGAUUGUCCCUUCCUUGUGCCUGAUACUUGCUGGGUUAGGCUCCAGCUUCCCUAAAACCCUGCUGAACAUCAGGCUUCACACGUGUGUGGUCCAGGGGAACGAAGCAGCUGGAAGCUGUGGAGUUAUCUGUUGUUUUCUUUGGUAUCGUGUUGGUACUGAAGUGCGAAAGCCGGUAUUGGUACCAAAGUCAGAAUGUUUGUAUUGAUCCAACACUAAUUUGUACCUGCAUAUAUGUACAUAUACACUCACACACAUACAGUAUAUAACAAUAUUUCUGAGUCUGUCUCAGAUUCUUCUGGCCCUCAUGUAGAAAUGCCAAGCCUUAUUCAUUACUUGUCGGAAUGUUCUGUGUACAUUUCAUACAUCUGUUCAGUUUAACUCUCUUGUUCAGAUUUCUUAUGCAUUUGCCUACCAAAAGGAAGUGCUGAUGACCUUCCCGAAACACACCUGAAUGAACUUUUCUUUGAUACAUAAAUCUGUGCCUAUUCAUUUAAUGUAACAAUUUUCUCCACUUAACUGUUAAGGAAGGACAAAACCAAAGGAAAGAAAGAUCUGUUUAUUUGUGUACUGAGAGCUUUUGGGGAAAAAUGCAGAUGUCUUUUGACUUGGAAAGCUAAAUUAAACAGGUUGGAGUUCAUUUAACUUUACACGCUGAAGUGUCACUGAAUGAUGACUGGCAGAGGAACAGAAGAGCUGGCUAAAAUGAAGGCCUGCAUGGGCACACAAGCAAAACUCGAAAAAUGCGGACUUGUGCUGUGUGUUGUCAGUUGUCCACCCAAAGCAAUUUUUCGGGUGAAUCCUGCAGACACAGUUCUUUCAGAAAACAAACAUGUACGGAAAUUCAUUUGAACAUUAGAGUAACUUGUAAAUAAAUCACAGAGAAAAAGCCUGGCAUGAAAAUUAAGUGCUGCAGUGUUCUGGCAUCCCUUCCCGGGUUAGUUGUGCCUUGUGCUGCUAACUGCCUUGUACCAGAUAAAGUGGUUUCAGGAAAUGUUUGGAUAAAACUUAGAUGUUUGUCGCAUUUCCAAGAAAACGCGGAUAAAACAAGUUUAGUUUAAAAAAAAAAAAAAUAAAAA